AUUGACGCUGUUUUUUUAUUUUUUUUAUUUUGUAACCUAAUUUUCUCCGUUGUACACAAUGUUGCAUGUUCGGUUUCACAUAUCAAAGAUGCGUUGAGGCUUUAAGACAUCAUUUCAGUACUGAACUGCUGUUUCUGUGAAGAAGAAAAGUUCGUUUUCUUGGUCAUGUGACACUGCGAUCCGGAAGUGCUUAAUGAGCGCCAAAGAGACGGUGGCGAAAUCCAGGGUUCCUGCUCCAGUUAUUCAUUCUAACUGUAGUCUGCAGUAUCUGGUUUAAAGAGGGUUAAAAUGGUGACUAAAAGGAUCCGCUCAGAGUACAUGAAAAAGUUCAAAGACCCCCAAUGGGAGACAUACACCAAAUGUUAUGAAGAGAUGCUGGCCUACAGGUUGACCAGGAGGUUGCUGGAGCACACACACAACCCCUGGUUCUGGAGCGGUUCGGACAGUGAUUCAGACUCAGGAGGAAGGAGCCCCCCUCACCCCAGUGAGAACCAGGUUGAAGCCAGUGGAGGCAGAGCUGAAGCUGAAACAGAGGAGGCUGUGGGGGUCAAGGUGGUCAGACAUCAGGAGCAGGAGACCAGAACCACAGGAGCUGGACCUGGACAUACUGUUCAGAAUGAGGUGCAGAUCAGACCUGAUCCGCUGUCUUCAGCACACAAGAAAGAGCCGAAAGGACGUCAGCAAAGAAAACCCUCCAAAUCAACAAGACAAGCCUGGCGCUCUCAGCACACGGGGCCUGCAUCUACAGGGCACCUGACAGAGGACCCUAAGAAGAGCCCACAUCCUUUUGCUCUGUAUGGCUCAGGAGAAAAGGAUGCAGACAUCGCAGGCAGGAAGACUCACAACGUCGGUCCAGCAGCUUCGACUGCUGAGAUUCACGAAUCAGCUCUGCGUGCCAAGGCCAGGCGGCAGGUGGAGCGACAGAUCAAGUCCCGGCGAACUGAGCGGCGCAGGGCCCAGUCAGCUGACCCAAACAAGGCCGGAAGGGUGGUUCAGCCAGAAUUUAACCCCUGGCUCACGGAGUACAUGCGCUGCUUCUCUGCUCGCUCCCGAUAGGACAGCAUCAGUAACUCAGUCUGAAUAAACCCAUUCCUGCCUCUGACCCCUGAGACAUUAGUCAGGGUUCCUCGGUGUUCACGGUACCACUCACAUGUUCAGGAUUCAACAUCAUCACCAAAUUUUACUGUGGCUCAUGAAGCCAGGUCUGUACCAUCAGGUUUUUAUAGAAAUCACUUCAAUCUCCUUAUAAAACUCAGAGAUUUCAAACAAGGUAAAGAGUCUCCUUUAAGAUGAAAGAUACACUUUGGUAAUUUUUUGAUGAACUGAGGUUUUGCCACAUUUAGACACCUAAAUGAGUGUUAAUAGUUUACAUUGAAUCUUACAGCCAUACUUUGAUGCAAACCCUUUAAAACGUCCAGUAAAAGGAUUUGUCUAUUAUACAGGGAUACAAAUCAACAAUGGAGCGACACAGAGGUAAAAUAAAUCAGAUAUAGCAGUGAUAUAGAGAUAGACGGAGAAGCCUUGUACUUGAAGAGACUUUUGAAUUGAAAUAAACAAUAAUAUGAACAACAGAUCACUUACUUUAAAGACGCAGUGUUGGUCAGAUGUUUGCAUACACUCAUUGUCAGCAUCAGAAACUGGCUCUUCUAAAGACUUAAUUGAGCUGUUCUUUUGUCAGGGUGGAAUGACGAUGCAACAAAUUACAAGAAUAAUGUGUGCAGUGCUGAAUUUAUUUUGGAUUUUCUCUCACCCACAUGUGGUCAAAAUUUAAUAUUUGGUUAAUGUGCCUUAACUAGUGGCAGAGAAAACACUUUGCUUUUCUAACCAUUUUUAAGGUCCUGACUUUUGGCAUUAAUUACGUUGGAUAUUUGACCUCUCUUCUCAGCAGAAUUGGAAGAACACCUUCAGUUUCUUGAUGGGUGUGACACAGACCCACGUAUUUAUAAUAGGGUUGAGGUCAGUGCCAGUCUAGAUGUGUAAUGUUAGCCUGCUUUAUUCAUUCCAGAGCCAGUUCUAAAGUAUUGAACAUUAUUGUCCUGUUAGAAAACCAAAUUUUAUCCUUGUUGCAAACAUUUAGCUGUUGAUUUGUAGUGAAGCUAAAAAAACUGCAUGUACAGUGCUCCCGUACCACUCACCAUCAGACCCACAGCAUUUUACUUCCACCUCUGUGCUUUAGUGUUUUGGAUGGUGCUUUUAGGUUUUAAAGCCUCAUCUUGGCUCCUCCAAACAUGCUUUUUGUCAUUGUUGCUGAAACACCCAGUCUUUAUCUGCUUUGACCAUAAAAUCGUUCUCCAGAAGCCAUUCAACUUGACCAUGUGGGCACGUACUAUAUUCCAGUCUGAUUAGCCUGCGCCAAGUUGGUUCAUAGUAUCCUAACCAUAUUCUUUCAUCUGAGGUGUACAGCUUCAGCCAGAUGGAUGGUUAUUGUAGUUGUAAAUUGUAUUAUCAGGCCACCCUGACAUAAGAACAGUUUAAAUAAAUAAUUAUUAACCUGAAAUUAUAGACAUUUAUAAAAUGACUAUAAUUGCAAACGUCUGACCUGCACUAUAACUCCAUGUAUUACAUGUUCAAAGAUUAUUUUUAUUACAAAAUAUUGUAUUAUGUUGAGCUAUCAGCUAAAAGCAUAUGUUCAAAUAAGUUGGCUUGGAAUGUAUUCGGUUAAAUAUUAUGAACUUAAAUCGUCUUCAGACUGUUUAUAGGCUUUAAAGUGUUUUGGCUUUUAGGUGAGCGGUAGUGAACUGCUCCUUGUGUUCGUGCCUCUGGACAGCUCAGCUGUUGUCGAUUUGCUUAAGGCUGAUCAUCACUUUGUGCUGAAUGUUCUUAUCACUGACGCUGUGUGAAGAUUGCAUUUUCUCAUGAGGACAUAAACUUUAUGAGGUAAAAACGGGUUUAUACUCUGUUUUAACUAUAAUUUGUUUUACCUUUGUGAAAUAGUUGUGUUCAUGUGAAUGACGUUUUCUAAAAAACUAGUUUAUAUUCUCAUACUCAAUGAAAUGUGCCAUAAACAAAAUGUUUUUGACCUUUACAGCAGGUAUAUUUUAGAUUCGGCUGUUAAUAUUUUACAAAAGGCAAACAUCAGAAAUGGUUGGAAGACUUUGUUGUAUUCUCUUGUUGUAACAUUAUGUUCAGUAUUAGUUUGUAAUAAUAAUGUAAUAACUUUGUGCAAUAAUUCACUUUAAAAACUGCGUUUCAGUUAAACAUGUGGUUCAUUUUCGACAAUCUCAGAGAAAUGGAGGGAAACAGGAUGUUACUAAAUAAUGGACCAAUAUUGAUCAAGCUCUAAUUUUUACAUUUUUUCAAGGAUUUAUUUGUUUGAGUCUCAUUCCAAAACAACAUAACUCCAAUACUGUCAGACUUGUACAUUUUUUUUUCUGUUUUAAAUAGACUUUCGACAUAGUGUGUACAUAUAUUUAAAUGACUUAGAUGACAGUUGGGUUGUGUGAUGUGAAGCUUUUAAUAAAUCACUUUUCUAUC